CGAAAGCUGCAGGGCACAACACAUAAACACACUAGAAGGCCGGCGAGCCCCAACCACUACCGCAACAACACGGGAGAGGGUCAUCGUCUGGGUGGAGCACCUCGGCUCAACGUCGGGGCUCGAAAAGUAGCGCCGAAUGUCCCCCAGCCCGCCGCCUCGCUAGAACCUGCUCUCUACACAAGGUGUCUCAGUAACUUAAAACAAGGGAGAUAUCGUUCGGGGUGACUCGAAGAGGCGACGACUUUUAGUCGGUUGAAUGCCUGCCACCACUCCCAGAGAGAGAGGAGCAAGGCGUAUCCGCACGAAGGCAGCUCAACGGAGGCCACCCGGGGGUAGCGGCUCACUGGCUGCCUCGCAUGCGGAGCCGGCGCCGGCGUUCAACGCAGGCAUCAACCCGCUGUACGGGUCGGGGAUGUCGCCGGAGGCGGGGGCAGAGGCAGGGAGAAUAAGGUCAGCGACGGCGGCGAGAGAAGCAUCGGCGGCAUCAUCAUCAUCAUCGCAACCGCAACAACAACAACCGCGGGCGGCGGCCGCUGUACGGGCUGCUCGCACCCGGGCCGCCUCCCCGCAGUCGACCCUCACGACAUCAACGACUCAGAGCACGGGAAGCGCGAGACUUGCCAGCAGGCCGCAGGGGGUAGCUGCUCCUCCUGCAAAGGCAACGACGACGGCCGGGCCGAAAAAGCAGCCUCAGGAGGCGAGGAGCGCGCCAGCCUCCCGCAACGGCAGCAUCAACAAGGGCAGCAGCGGCAACAACAAGAACAACAAGGAGGACUUCGUGCCGGCCCCGCUGGUGCCUGCGCUGCUGGCGCCCGUGCCGCCGCCGCCGGCGAAGCGGAGAGCCGCGGCGGACAUCGAGGCGGGAGAAGCCGGAGAGGUGCUCGAGGAUGCCCCGGACAAGACCCUCAUGGAGAUGCUCCAGACUUACCUCAAGAAGCAGGACCUGUACACGCGGAUGGUGCUGGUGGUGGUGCUGCUCGUGCUGGCCGGCGGGGCGCUCGGGGCGUACGUGGUGAUGCUCUGGUACGCCAUCUCUGAGAAGAACGUCAAGUACACCGUGCUCGUGUCUGUCUUCAGCGUCGUGCUCUUAUGGGUGCUCUGGAAGUAUUGCUUCAGCGGCGAUCAGAAGCUUCAGGACCAGUCCCAGAUCGCGCAGGACAUCGCCACCCUGUACGCCGCGAUACCCGAUCACACCGCCGUCAAGGGUGUUUCGGAGAAGGGCCGGGCGCAGUUCACGGACUUCAAGUACGAGAAGUCGGAGAUGAUGUUCACUGCUGUGACGGACGACGGGGUGAGUUUGGGGUCCGAGCGGGGCUCAGAGCUGAUGAUGGACGGAGCCGACCCUUCCUGCCCGCUGUGCAACAAAGUGUACGUGGAAGGGGCCGAGCUAUGCCUCCUCCCGUGCCUGCACGUGUUCCACAAGACGUGCAUCAACAAGUGGUGCAAUCGGCACAUCGUGUGCCCGCUCUGCAAGCGCCACCUCGAGGCCGCGGAGCCCCUCCACACCCUCACCGCUUCCUACAACCACCCCGGUGACAACACUGUGCAGUCGGAGCCUGGCCACCGCGGCUACGGCAACGGCCAGCAGCGGCACCAGUGGCGCGGCAUGCUCGGGAACGCCGCUCCCGGGCCAGCGAGUGCGCACGGCAGCGAGAGGGGGCUGGGCGGGACCAGGUCGGAAGACGGCAUGUGGAACGACCGUGUCCUUAACGCGGCGCAGCGGCAGCAGAUGGGCGGGAAGCACAACCGGGUGACCUCCUUCAGCUCGGAGACGAGGAGGUCGAACAACGCGCGCGGGCGACCCGGGGAGCGGGCGGGGUCCGGGCGCGGCGGGGGUCCCCCCCACUCGAGCUCGGCGGGAGCGGGCAUGGGCCCGCAGCGCCCCCACAGCGUAAGCGGCUCGACGGGCCGGCAGCAGCAGCAGCAGCAGCAGCAGCAGCAGCAGCAGCAGAACCACCGCCUGCAGAGGAAGCGGUCGUCUUCCUUCACGACUGCGACGGAGCAGCAGCGGGGCCGGGGAGGGUCCGGUCGCGUCGCGCACGGCACAGCGAGGCAUCGGUCGAGCGCGGGCAGCCUGGCCCGCGGCGACUUGAGCACCAGCCCUCGCUCGAGGUCCGACCUAGGGGUUGGGUCGAGGGAAGCGGAGAACAUGCGGGCGAACUCGGACGCCAUUCUCAGCCGGCACGCGGGCCGGAUGAACAACGGGGCCGGCGGAACGAAGACGCUGACAAUGAAGCCCAUGUUGCACGAUGAUACCAGCUGGACGGAGGCCUGGGACGCGGAUGGCAGCGGUGGCGGGGCCGAGGAGGUCAAGGGGGAGGCUGGUAGGAGGAUGGCCGCAACGGCGUCAGCGUCCGGUAGGUCGGGUUUGCAUUCGAGCCGGCAGGGCCCGGCGGUCAUCACGGUCCACAAGGUGCAGCAGAAUACCCGGAGCAGUAGCGGCGGCGGCCGGAGGAGGCCUCGGAGGGAGUCUGGCGGAGGGCGGAGGGACUCGGCGCGGUGGUCGGGCGGAGAGAGCGAGUCGGACGUGGGCGGCGGCGGCGGCAGCCCCGAGGAGGACGAGGUCACCACGAAGGCUCUCACGUACGCCCCCCGCAAGUCCCGCGCGACCGCCAAGGACAAGAAGGACCCCGGCCACCGCCGCCAAUCGUCCACCGGCAGCACCUCGGCGGAGGAGUUCGGCGGCGGCGGCGGCGGCGGCGGAGGCGGUUCCUCCAAGAAGUCCCGUCGCCGGCCUUCGAUACCGGGCCCGAAGUCAGGGUCCGGCAAUCAGAGCGUGAUCGCCACCGCCGCGGCGACCGCCGAGGCGGUGUCGAAGCUCCUCGGCCGGUCCGCGCCGGAGGACCGCUCCUCGGCAGCGGCGGCGGCGGCGGCGGCGAACGCGGGCGCGAGGCGGUCCUCGAUACCGUCGGACGGGUACAGCGACGGGGACAGCGGCUCAGACGCAAGGGCGUCGUCUCGGCGGAAUAGCCGGGGAUCAUCCUCUUCGGUCCGUGCAGGCGGCAGCAAGAGAACCGUCCACCCGCAGCAGCCCCAGCAGCCACAGCAGCCACAGCAGCAGCCACAGCAGCUGAAAAACACCCCGACGAAGACGGGGCCGGUCACGAAGGGCACCCCGGCCCCGCCUAUGGCCGCCGCCCGGGUGGCGACGUGGAACACCACCUCGGCGGCGCUUGCCCCGACGGUGGAUGUGUCGCAGUCUCUCUCGAUGAGCGAGACCGAGUGCUCCGGUCCUGGUUCGAAUCCGGCAGCAGCAACAGCAACAGUAGCAGCAGCAGCAGCAGCAGCAGCAGCAGCAGCAGCCGAAGGAGGAGGAGGAGGAGGAGGAGGAGGAGGAGGAGGAGGAGCGCAGGGAGGAGCAGAUGCUGCCGCGCCCGACGCGGGAGGCGGCGUGGGCUCGUCGCGAAGCGCCGAGAUCAAGGGGAGCGCCGGCCGAGGGUGGAGCUUCAAAAUCCCCGCUUCCGUGGGCAGUGCCGAGUUUUUUGGACUGGGGUCUUCGGUGCCCGGCACGAGGAAGAACUCGGCCGACGCGGCGAGCGGCACGGAGGCGGCAUUGGCGGCGGGGGCGGGGGCAGAGGGAGACUCGGACAGGGAGCGCGACGGCUCCUCAUCCCGGUCAUCGUCGUUGAGAGUACGGGUGCUUUCCAGAAGGAAAUCGGGGUCCGGGAAGGUCGGGGCUCCGGCGGGCCGCCUGUUCGGGUCGAGCACCGCGCGCGUCGGGAGGCCACUGGGCAAGAGCGCUUCCGGCGAGGCGGGGGCUUUGGGCGUGGAGUCGGCGGGCGAGCACGCCGGCGGCGGCAUCGGUUCCUUGCGGUCGUCGAACUCCGUGCAGGCGCUGAUCCAGACGUACGAGAAGAAGGACCGCUCCAGCUCGGACGAGAAGGCUCCGACCGCUCAACAGGAGGAGUGGCCGUUACCGGCACCGACCACCUCAUCCACGGAGGGGAAGAGGAGACUCAGCAAGACUUUUGGCAGAAGAUCCACGAAGGGGCACGGGAUCAACUGCUAGAGACGAGCAAGCAGCAACGGAAUCGGAGAUCGACGAGGAGUACGUGGACCGACCGAAGCUCAGCUACAAGAAGAAGUCGUCGCGCAGCAGCGUUGCCCGGUCCGUUUUCGCCACCGCCGAUGGCCCGUCGACCCAGAACGCGAUACACGCGGUCGAGUUCAGGAGCGUUGGCGGCGGGAGGGGAGGCAAGGCGGGCGAGACUGCCGGUGACUCGGGUGGAGGAGAGGACGACGAUGAGCCUUACCAGCGGCCAAAGCUGUCGUACGGGGGAGGGUUGCGUUCCGGGUCCUCUUCCCGCUGACGGCCAACUGCAGGGGACCCACCCACCUUCAAAGAGGCGUUGCAUUCACCGGAAUCCCCGCGUGCGUUCUUUGAGCUGGGCAUGGUUGUGGGGGAGGGUGGUCGCACGAGUCGAGUCGGACAUGGUGGGAAAAGAAAAGGUGGAGAAAGUGAGAAAGAGAGAGCUAUUACAAAAAAUGGUGCAACAAAACGUGGGAACUGCGCUGCACGGGUGGUUGCAGCUCUCUUUAUUUUCAGUGUGCUUGAGAUAGCAGGCGGUACUGCUGUUCGUCCGCCUAUUUUCUUGUUGGAAACUAUGGUGGCGGUGGCCUGCUCGUGCCCGCAUGCCGCUGAUAUUUAUUAUAGGCGUACUUGGUUUCGCUGUUGAGUAUUUUCGACCCUUUUACUCGUUACCGCCAGCUCCCCUGGUGACCGAGGUUGAAAUGUUGUUGUUGGACGUGGGGAAUUGGGUAUAUACAAGUGUUGGCUUCUCUUCAUUUUCGUGUCAGAAGGAGUUCGGGUUGGAGGGAGAGGCGUUUUGAUGUGCCCAAAUUUCCUGCCUGGCCGGUGUACUGCAGAUGUUUCCGACGAAUAUAGCAUUGAUAAUAACGAACAUGGUGUUUUUUUUUUCUGCUGGUGCGUGUACGUGUGGGUCGCGCAACCUUGCCGCCUUUCGUCCGUCCUCUCCUGUAUCCCGCCGAUAUUCUGCCGCACAUGUGCAGCGCAAGUUGAUUGGUCGUUUUUUUCUGCUUCGUUUUUAUGUUGUCCAGACUAGUCAAGUCCCUUGACCCUACUACGGCCAAUGUCUGUAUCUAUCGACCGGCCCGGCAGUCUCCCCUCUUCCCUUCGCUAAGCGUCAGCGUGCGUGUUUUGUGUACGUUGAGUCGGUGCCUUUUGCUGAAGGUGAGGCGGGGCCUUAGGCUGGGCAGAGAACCCGACCUAGCUGGGAACUUGUUUUUUCCUUGUGGUUGUUUGUAUGUUAUCAUGUAUUGUUUUCGUUCCCUUCCGAGUAAGGCAGAGUAGAGACUACAAACGAUAAGGGGAAGGGCCAACGCGAUUGGGAUAUAUAUAUAGGGGGGGGGUUGGGCUAGACAUCCGACGCCACGUUCAAGUGGUGUGCUCGAAACAGUGCUCUGCUCGUUUGUGCGACGAGUGGACGGUUGUUGCAGCAAGGAGCGAACAGAGGACCGACCCUUAUCUAUUGUUAGGCAUGUUGCAUCUCUUUCGUAGGGGUUGACGGUUUGUUUGUGGUAUUGAGGCCUGUUUUCUGUUUCGCUCUUUCCUUGGGCGUGCUCGUGCAUCCUUUUUCCUUGGUUUGAUCAGAUUCACCAGGAAUAACAUUUUCGACGUUUUGUUGUAUUUUUCCUGUGUUCGUCCUCUUUGAGUUAGUCGUGCUACUAUAGCCAGCUCAGUCAGAUGGCGCGGCCAACCUUUGUGCCCACCAUUGAAAGAUAGGAGCGAGAAUGGUGUUAUUCUUGGAUCCUACAUAUAUAUUCCCAGCCGUCGCCUAGAAGAUUUUUUUCACUUGUUAGGGGGGUCGUAAUCUAGCUGCAGAAGGGCACCACGUACAGGGGGCGUAUUGAUUCCGGUUCGACGCAAACGUCUAGAGUACACGUACUUAAAAACGAGGUGAUGGUGACGUAUACGGCACUUGAGUGAAGAGAAUAUGCGACUCGGCCGCGGAAUCAAGUCAAUUGCCGCUCUUGGUUGCGGAUGGAUGCGACCGCGGUGAACGAGGUUGGGGGUAACGCACGGAGGGGACGGGGGGGGGGAGGGGGGCGCGAUAAGCUUGGUAUGAUGGUUACCUCAGGAAAGCUCACGCUUGGUCAAGUGAGGGCAUGGUGGAUUUUGUGUGCGGCCGUUUAGUCUGUCUGGUGGUUGUGUUUGUUGUUGGCGGGGUACGACGCAGCUAGCAGCUGCGGCGGCGGUGAUGAUGGAUGAUAAAAACGUCGGCCGCAGACACCAUCAUCGUAUGGUAGAUGUGUUUCCUCCCGAUUGUGCUCUAGAGGGAGGCCUACAGUAAGUUUCCAAUGAAUUGACACUGACACGUGAACGCACACGAGCACUAAUUUGGUACCUAGGGUUGUAACCGCGCCACCUGGUUCAUUUCAAUGACACGGAAACGUGCACGCACACGGGCGCGUACUUUUUUAUUUACUUUGCUGUGCCGGCCGGCUAACUAUAGCCACCACCUCAUUCAUUUCAUAACAAGUUGAUUGGUAAAUUGAGAACUGGAUGGCGUGGUAUCCACGAACCAGACUGACUUGAAGAACUUGUCCCUACCGACACUCUGUCUUCUAGACUGCACUGACU